UAUAAAAGAAAAAUCAAGAAAAAGUAGUAAAUGUACAUGACAAUUUUAAAAGUGGGUUUGUCAGGCGAUUCGAAAAAUAUGGCAAAUAUACUGGAAGAAAAACUAAGGGAAGCUGUUAGUAUUGGAGAUGUAGAAUCAGUUAACCUACUGUUAUCUCAAAAAAUCAAUGUAAAUUCUCAAAACAAUAUGAACGGAUGGACAGCCCUUCAUUGGGCUUACAAGAGAGGAAACAACCAUCUGAUAAAACUUCUUAUUGAUCACGGUGCAAAUCGAGAUAUAAGAAACUCUAAAGGACAAACUCCUGAAGAAGUAAGUCCUGACUAUGUUGACUUAAAUUCCAAAGAUAAAUCAUCAGUUGAUGGACUGAAUUAUGUUCCAAAUUAUUUGAAGAAUCCUCCAGUAAGUGUUGAUCUUGGAACAGGUCAUAAAAAGCAAAAAACUACAGAUUAUAGGAAUGGGUCAGUUCCAACAUCUUCAUCAGAGGAAGAAGUUUUAGUGUUAAAAGUUAAGAUAUCAUCUUCAGACCCAGAUUAUAUAGAAAUUGAAAUAAGUAAAUCAAGCCUGACCUAUGCAAAUUUGCUGAGAGUAUGCUGCCAAGAACUGGGAAUUCUUGAAAGUCAAGUAGAGAGAAUAAGAAGGCUUCCAAAUAUCAGAUUAAGGAAUGACAAAGAUGUUAAAAGGCUACAAUUUUAUCACUCAUUGGAAGUUGUACUUACUUCACCUCUACAUCAAGAGUAAAUCUUUUAUGCAAUUCUUAUUUAAUUAUUGUUAUAUCUUGAUCUGACUGUUGUUGUCCAUUCAUUGCAUUUGAAACUUUUG